ACACUAUUUGUAGCAUUAUCCAGUUGUACCCUGAAACACAAACAACAGAACCUUUCUCGCUCAAUGGAUCUUCAAUCUCCUUGUAGCGCUUGCACUUCCCUUCACCGGAAACCUCCACUCGUCCGGCGACUAUCUUCUCUCAAUUCCGUCAACUUCCCUUUGAAUUCCGUCAAAUGCCGCCGGAAAACUACACCGAAGGUUCAAACUCCCGUUGCUGUCGCUGUCUCAGGCCAAAACGGUAGCAGCUAUUCUCCCUCAGUUCCUACUCACAAAGUCACUGUUCUCGACCGCCAACGUGGCGUCGUUCACGAAUUCCUCGUCCCUGAGGACCAAUAUAUACUUCAUACAGCAGAGGCUCAGAACAUUACGCUACCGUUCGCUUGCAGGCAUGGAUGUUGCACAAGCUGUGCUGUUCGUGUUAAAUCUGGGGAACUUAGACAACCCGAGGCAUUAGGGAUAUCUGCAGAGUUGAAGUCCAAGGGUUAUGCGCUUCUCUGUGUGGGAUUUCCGUCAUCGGACCUUGAAGUUGAAACACAGGAUGAAGAUGAGGUAUAUUGGCUUCAAUUUGGGAGAUAUUUUGCUCGAGGACCUAUUGAGAGAGAUGACUAUGCCUUGGAAUUAGCUAUGGGAGAUGAGUAACCUGUCAAGAGUUAAUUUGAGAAGACAAUAUGGAUCAUAAGCAACAUGUACAAUUUUCUUGCCUCUCUUGCUAUAUCUGUGUGUAAUAUGCUCUCCGUGCCUUUUCCUUUGUGGAUUGGCUUUUCUCUUGUACCACUACCAUAUUGAAUAAAAAAUUAUACUCUCUUUUCUUGUCAGAUAGGGGCCUUCUUGAUGAAAUCUUGUUAUGCCUUAAUAUACUUUAAAGUUUUGAAGAUCACAUCA